AUGCAGACUGCUUCUACAAACAUUUGUGAAAGACUGUGCAAUAAGUCCAUCUGUGAAAUUUCCUUCCUACUAAAUAUUCCACAGUCAGCUGUUGGUGGUAUUAUAAUAAAGUGGAAGCAACUGGAAACAACAGCAACUCAACCACGAAGUGGUAGGCCAUGUAAAAUGACAGAGUAGGGCCAGUGCAUGCUGAAGCGCACAGUGUGCAGAUGGCGUCAGCUAUCUGCAGAGUCAAUAGCUAAACAUCUCCAAACUUCAUGUAGCCUGCAGAUUAGCACAACAGCAGUACAUAGAGAGCUUCAUAAAAUGGUUUUCCACGGCCAAGCAGCUGCAUCACCAAGUGCAAUGCAAAGUGUUGGAUGCAGUGGUGUAAAGCACGCCGCCACUGGACUCUAG